GUCAAUCUGACAUAACGCCAGCCGCCAGGGUGGUGGUAAAAUUCGACUCGUACUAUACGAUUUUUCUCGAAGAUUGAAUUUGUAAAUCUGCAUUUUACAUUUAUACUUCUAACGAACGAUUAUCGUUUCUUGUAUGACAUAGCAACGGUUAUUAUUGUCUAUACGCCGUUGUGAAAAUUUAAUUGCAAUAAAUUAUUCGAGUACAGUUUCGUUAGUGUGAAGUCCACUAUAAAAUCGCGUAUCAUUGAGACCUCGUGUUGUAUUCUACUUACUUUCUGGCACUGCACCGCAUUGUAAAAUGGCUAAAUGGGGAGAAGGAGAUCCUCGCUGGAUUGUGGAGGAGCGGCCUGAUGCCACAAACGUGAACAAUUGGCAUUGGACAGAAAAGAAUGCAGGUCCAUGGUCCAAGGACCGAUUAAAAGAGUUAUUAAUUAACUUAAAAAUUGCUCAGAAUGGUAUUGAUUGUAACAUAACAGAGGUAGAAAAAUUAGACGGUGAAGCUUCCGCCAACAACAGGAAAGGAAAAUUAAUAUUUUUUUACGAAUGGGACAUCAAGUUGAAGUGGGAAGGUUUGUUGGCUGGUUCUGCAGAUAAGAUUAAAGGUGAAAUCCAUAUUCCUAACUUAUCUGAAGAAAAUGAUGUCAGUGAAGUUGAUAUGACUGUGACAAUAAAAAGUAGUGGUGAUGAAGCUCAGAGAGUGAAAGCAUUUAUGCAUAGCAUUGGUAAAGAUAUAAUACGCAAUCAACUGACAGAGUACAUCCGAAGCCUUAAGGAAGAGUUCUCAAAAGGGCUAAUACUCCCAAAAAAAGGUGAAACUCAAAUAAAACCAGAUAAUGUGUCUACUAUCACUAGUGGAUUUAACAAAAAAGUGAACAUGGAACCAAUAGUCUCAUCUCCAAAACAAGUUGGCUGUAAACUUGAUACUAAGAAUAUUGAGAUAACAGAGACAUUUCAAUGUCGUGCCCAAGAGUUUUAUGAUGCCUUGACUAGAAUAGAGAUGGUUACAGCUUUCACACAAGGACAUGUUAAGUUAGAGGCAGAAAAAGGUGGUAAAUUUACACUAUUUGGUGGAAAUAUAUCUGGUGAAUUUAGGGAGUUGGUGCCCGGCAAGAAAAUUGUGCAGUAUUGGCGAUAUAAACAAUGGCCAAAAGAACAUUUUUCUGAGGUUACAUUUAGUAUUGAGGAGAAGGAUGACAAUACUCUAGUUACACUAAAGCAGGACCUGGUUCCAGCGUCAGAAGUAGAACAGACCCGAGAAAACUGGAAACGCUAUUACUUUGACAGUAUCAAGAGAGCAUUUGGCUUUGGAGCCUUCCUGUGAUUUUGCACUACAAUGCUUAGAUAAUUCUAGGAACAAUUUAGAAAAGGACUUUUGUAAAUUGUCCUCAAGAAGAAAUGUGCAAGUCAUCUGUGAUUAAAAUCAUUGUUAAAAAUCGACGGCAACAAACUUAGCAUGCAGAGAUUAAAGUUAAAUCAAAUUUGCUUGCCCAAAUGCAAGCUGUAAUGUACCGUUUGAUCAACUGUGUUAGUUUCUACUAAAAGUUUACUAUGAAUUGUGAUAAAUGUCAAACAUUUAUAAUAAAGCUUCAAUGUUUAUUAAAUGUAAUUUAGUUACUUAUUAUUUUGCUGUUAUCAGUUCUAACUUGCUAGUUUUUAUUCCCUCAUGAAAGUUAUAU